AAAUUUUUUUUUCGAUUCUUUUUACAGAAACUUAAAAUGUGAACGAACUGGAGUCUAUUUAAGAAUGAAUAUCUGAGCACUGAUGUUGAGGGGAUGGACAACAAAGCGCAACGGGAAGUUUGAGGAAUUUUUCUUAACUAGAGAAUCCCAAGAUGAAGUUGAGGUUUAAACACCCAAGAUUUUUUCCAGGUCAAAUUGUUCAAGUAUUUUGAUGAAUUCCUUGAUUACAUGGAUGGGAAAACAGAUUCAACGUUUUUGGAGGACAUUUAUCAAGAUGUGGACGCGACAACAGAUGUUCCUGGCGUCCUGAUCUGGUUCCAAAUUUUUAAAAAAUUUCCUAAUGCAAAGGUGAUACUGCUUGAAAGAACAAAUGGAGAGGAAUGGUUGGAUUCUUUUUUAAACCUUUAUAACAAUAUGCGAGACAAUUCAAGCGUUCUUCAUCCUCUUCUUGUUCUACUGAGCAGAACCUAUGCCAGGUUUCAGGUGGACUUCGCCAAGCAUAUCUGGAUGAAGUUGAUAGGAACUGAACCAUAUGCUCCCAUGAACCGUGAUAUAGCUGUAUCUAAAUACCUAGCACAUAGCGCUCUAGUGAAAGAGCUGGUUCCGUCCUCUCAGCUGUUGGUGUUCAAUGUGAAGGAAGGUUGGGAUCCUUUGUGUUCAUUCCUUGAAAAACCGGUUCCAGAAAUACCGUUUCCGAAGAAAAAUGCGGGAACAAAAAAGGGACAAUGCAUUACAGUGGUGGAAGAUUUGGUAAACUGGCCGAUAUUCAAGAAAAUAAACCGUGAGCUGUCAAGAAGCUUCAUGAUCUUAGGGUCGGGAUUACUGGUUGCUCUAGGAAUGGGCGAGGAAGUGGUAAGAUCAGAAGUUGAUGAUACAUGGGAAACCAGAGAUGAUGCUCAAGAUGAAUUGGAAGUUCUAAAAAAACAUGAAGAACAUGUAGAACAUGUUGAUAAUGAUCAAAAUGAACCUGAGAUAAAAACAAAUAUUAAUUUUGAAGCUUCACUGAAACAUCAAAGCAGGGAAAAUGUUUGCAAACCUGAAGAAGUUUCAUCUAAUCAAAAACCCACCGUGGCGGAGAUUAUUAAGGACAAUAGGGAAAGAGAUGAAAGCAACUGGGAAGUUUUUACAGUUUCUUCUCCUAAGAAUAAGAUGAUGUUUAACUUAUGGCUCGCUGGCAACAGACCUUCAGUUAUAAGAAGUAAUGCGUUUGGAUGGAUUUGUAUUAUACUAGAUUCAGAUUAUCAAUCCAAAUAUUAUCAAAUAUGUUUUAGAAUAUUGGAUGCAAGGGAGUACUGGAAAUAUAUGCCUAACAAAAACCAAAAUAGUUUGGUGGAUGUUGCAAGAAGGUUUAAAGUAACCUUGGGAAAAUGGAUGGUCCAGGUACCUUCUGAGAAAGUAGAUGAGGUAUGGGGUCUCAUAGCCACUGCUAUAUUCAACGAAGAUUUUGGGUCAGCAGUGUUGAGUGCAAAAGUAUCUCCUAAGGGUGAUGAGAAUAGUGUCGAAGAUCCUAACAUGCAUGUGAUUUGUGUCUACACAUCAGACUUUACAAAUAUGGAGGAGGUUGUGAAAGUUGAGAAUGUUCUUAGAAACUUAGGAAUAAGAAGGGACUUGAAUUACAAACCAGACUUAUAUACUUCUUUAGGAAUUUACAGAGGAAACCCAUAUAAAAUUCGUCCUAGUGUUUAUUCUUCUAAAAUGAGUUUUCAAGCCUCAAUUUUUAAGAACUUGAUAACUGGGGAAUCUAUGAGAACUUCAAUUAAAGCAGAAAGAUGCAUAGAUGCAUGGACACCAAGAUCAAGAGCUAAACAAAGUUCUGGCAGCUCUGUCAAAGGGAUCGCAAUGAGUCCUCAAGAAAUUGAAAAUUCACAAAAUUCUACAGAAUCAAGGAGUAUUGCAAAUUCACAGACCUCUGUGAGAACAAAGACCUCUGUGAAUCCACAAAUCACGGAGACUUCAAAAAGCACAGGGAAUUUACAGGCCAUGGUGAAUUCACAGAUUACUAAGACCUCAAAGAGCAUGAUGAAUUCACAGAUUACUAAGGCUUCAAAGAGCAAUAUUGGGAACAUUCCAGACACGAGUUCUGUAAAUACACAAAGCACUGUGCAUUCUAAUAGCACUGAGACCCCGGAGAGCACUGUGAAUUCUAAUAUCACAGAGAGUACUGUGUUCUCUAAUAUCACAGAGAGUACUGUGUACUCUAAUAGCACUGAAACCCCAGAGAGCACUCUACAUUCUAAUAGCACUGAGACACCAGAGAGCACUGUGCAUUAUAAUAGCACUGAGACUCCAGAGAGCACUGUGCAUUCUAAUAUCACAGAGAGUACUGUGCAUUCUGAUAGCACUGAGACACCAGAAAGCACUGUGCAUUAUAAUAGCACUGAGACCCCAGAGAGAACUGUGAAUUCUAAUAUCACAGAGAGCUCUGUGCAUUCUAAUAGUACUGAGACCCCAAAGAGCACUGUGCAUUCUAAUAUCACAGAGAGUACUGCGAAUUCUAAUAGCACUGAGACACCAGAGAGCACUGUGCAUUAUAAUAGCACUGAGACCCCAGAGAGCACUGAGAUGAAUGAGAAAGAAGUAAGGGAAUCGAAUGCAGAAUGCAGAGAGACGGUAAUGCAGAGGGAGGAUGAAGAUAGAUGGUAUGGAGGACGUUGGCAUGCAUCAAGUGGGUGGCAUGCUGAAACUAAGAAUUCUGCAGAAUUUUGGGAUGCAUACAGGGAGUAGUGAUGUGCCUUCAGUUGGGUCGUUUCGGGCUCGUUUUUUGCAGAAAUUUUCUUUCAGACUUAAAUUGUAAUUGUGUAAUAGGAACAAAUAUUUUAUAAAUGUUUUUUUUUCUUUGGGAUAAGAUAUUGCAAAGCAAACUUUAACAAAGUAAAGUUUAAAAUCGCGCAAGUUCCAACAUAGGCGAAAAACGUCGAAAUUUUUUUUCUUUAAGAUUUAAACUUUUUUCCAGAUUUUUUUUGAAGGUUUCACGGGCAACGCUGGGCAGUCCAGCUAGUUUGAAUAAUUCUAAAUCAUUUAAAAUAUCAACCUUUAAUCUCUGAAAUUGGUUAAAUUGGGAUAAGGAUUAUAUUUAAAUUGUCCAAUAGUAACAAUCCAAUAAUUGAAAACAUCAGCGAUACAAGCAAAGAAUUAUUGUUUCCGUUUUUUUGACAUAACUAAAAUGUUUAACAGUUUUUCACUUUUUAUCACUUUAUAACACUUAACUUGGAAAUAUUGUAAAAAAAUAUAUAUUUAGAAAUAUUAUUUUUCAGA